AUUUCCUGAGGAGCAGUGCGUAGCCCACCUCUCCAGUCCAGUCCCUGGAUAGAGGUGUAUUCUUUUUAAUAAUUUGUUUGUUUACUAGAUUUUGCCGUUUUGAAACGUUCUAGCAUGCGUCCGUAACUAUGUUGGCGUAUCGGUCCAAAGGUGGCUCAGAAGAACCGGGUCUCAGUGAUGCCUUAGCGUCGCGUUACGUGCGACAGAGCAAGCAAACCUAUCGCAAAGUUUCCCUGUUGUACAGUAGAUGAGUGCGCGUGGACUUUAGGACAGUCCAGUACGUCAGGACGCUCGAGUCUGUCCUCUUGACAACACUACUUCGUCGGUGUCUCGAGUUUAGCUUUGUUUUUGGGUCAUCAAACACGGGGGACUUUUCGUAGCGUCUGUGGACAGGUUUAGUGGAUUUACGCUGUGUCCAAGGAAACGGAAGAUUAGAAGCUGAUGCUUUUGAGGUGAUCUCUCUUCCUUGGCUCUGUCUCUACAUGUGCCCAGGGAAGCACGGAUAUAGCAGAAGGCCACUGUGCUGACCGACUUGGUGACAUCAGGAACUCCUGCUUUGGUUCCCUCCAUUGUGUCUGAUGGAUCUCAGGCUUGCCUCAUUGACGCUCGGAACACUACUUAUUCUCGUGACCUCUGGUCCACAGCCAUCCAUUGGACAGAAGGUUUACACCAACACAUGGGCCGUCCAUAUCACAGGGGGAGAGCAGGAAGCCAACCGGAUUGCUGGAAAGCAUGGCUUUGUAAACCACGGGAAGGUUUUUGGAGAUUAUUAUCACUUCAGGCACCGCAGAGUGGUGAAGAGGUCUUUAUCAGAGCACAGAGGAACACACAUUCGUCUGCACACAGAACCUCAGGUAAUGUGGGCGGAACAGCAGGUGGUGAAACGAAGAAAGAAGAGGGAUAUUUACUAUGAGCCGACCGAUCCGAAGUUUACACAGCAGUGGUACUUGUACAACGAAGAUCAUCGUGACCUCAAUGUGAAGCAAGCCUGGAAGCAGGGUUUUACUGGACAAGGCGUCGUCGUAUCUAUAUUGGAUGAUGGAAUUGAAAAAAACCACCCAGAUCUGAUUCAAAACUAUGAUCCAGAUGCUAGCUAUGAUGUUAAUGAUGGUGACCCAGACCCUCAGCCUCGAUACACCCAACUCAACGAUAACAGACAUGGAACACGUUGUGCUGGAGAGGUUGCUGCUGUUGCCAACAAUGACAUGUGUGGUGUCGGGGUGGCCUACAAUUCCAAGAUCGGAGGUGUGCGCAUGUUGGAUGGAGAGGUCACUGAUGUGGUGGAAGCUCAGUCUCUCAGUCUCAAACCACAGCACAUUGACAUCUACAGCGCCAGCUGGGGACCUGAAGACGACGGCAAAACGGUGGACGGACCUGCAAAGCUGGCCAAAGAAGCUUUCCUGCGCGGCGUGAUAGAGGGCCGUGGAGGACGGGGCUCUAUCUUUGUGUGGGCUUCGGGGAACGGCGGCCGAGAGAAGGACAGCUGCAACUGCGAUGGCUACACCAAUAGCAUCUACACGCUGUCGAUCAGCAGCAGCACGCAGAAUGGCAACGUGCCCUGGUACAGCGAGGCCUGUUCGUCCACCCUCGCCACAACCUACAGCAGUGGAGGCCUCAAUGAGAAACAGAUUGUCACUACAGACCUCAGGCAGAAGUGCACAGACUCCCACACAGGCACCUCUGCCUCGGCCCCUCUGGCGGCAGGAAUCAUCGCCCUCGCCCUUGAGGCCAAUAAAAACCUGACCUGGAGAGACAUGCAGCAUCUGGUUGUGAGGACGUCAAACCCUGCCCACCUCACCACCAAUGACUGGAAGACAAAUGGAGUGGGUCGCAGAGUAAGUCACUCUUAUGGAUAUGGUCUGCUGGAUGCUGGAGCCAUUGUAGCUCUGGCAAAGAACUGGACGAAUGUUGGACCUCAGCGGAAGUGUGUCCUUUCCUUGGUGUCUGAGCCUAGGAAUAUUGGGGGUCAUUUGGUGAUCAAUAAGAGUGUGGAUGCAUGUGCUGGGACGGACACCUUUGUGAGCUCAUUAGAACAUGCUCAAGCCCAGCUGACCCUGUCCUACAACCGCAGAGGAAACCUGGCCAUCUACCUGAUCAGCCCACAGGGCACCCGCUCCACGCUGCUUGCACCCAGACCCCAUGAUUACUCCUCUGAUGGCUUCAAUGACUGGGCUUUCAUGACCACCCACUCCUGGGAUGAGGACCCUCGCGGAGAAUGGACAUUGGAGAUCGAGAACGUGGCUGGAACCAACGACUAUGGCACUCUGACUCAGUUCACGCUGGUUCUCUAUGGCACAGCUUCUAGUUUAUCCGGCCGUUCAGCAGCAGAUUCCAGCAGCUGCAAAACAUACGACCUCAAUCAGAUCUGCACAGAGUGCAACCCCGGCUUCUACUUGCACAACAAGAGCUGUGUGAGAGACUGUCCAGCAGGUUUCACCGCAGGCACCCGCUCCAUUUUCCUCCCCAAUAACGAGGUGACGUCCGUCCUCCGUCCCGCCUGCCAGCCCUGCGACUCCAUCUGCCUCACCUGCAGCGGCACGGGGCCUCAAAGCUGCCUCUCCUGCCAUCCUCACAGCCACCUGGACGGAGUCAGCGGCACCUGUCUGCACCAGAACCACAUCCAGCGUGAGUCUCCGGACGGCGAGCUGUUCCAGACGCAAGGCAGUGGCUCAUCCAUCAAACUGAACCCAGAGCUCACCUCUCGCCUGCCUGCGACUGUGGCCGUGCUCAGCUGUGCCUUCAUCGUGGCUACGUUUGUGGCCGUGUUCGGCUUCCUGCAGAUGCACACUCGUAAACAGAACAAACUACUGUCUGCCGAAGCCGGGCCAGGAUCUGGGUUACUGGUUGGGCUUGGUUUCAACCGCACCGCAGUGGCCUACAAGGGCAUCCCGAGCGUUUGGAGGGAGGAUGAGGGCAAUUCCGAGUCAGAGAACGAGGAAUUUGAGAUCCGCAAUGAGAGGACUGCCUUCAUCAAAACACAAAGUGCUCUUUAACACCCUUCUCGCCCACGUUCCUCCCCUCUCUAGCCUCUGCUGCACUGUUGUCUCUUUUUUAGUAUGAUUUCCUUCCGGGGUUCGUCUGAGCAUAUCUCACUUCUUGGGGUUUUGGUUUAUUUUCCACACCUUUCGUAGUUACGUAUAUGAGCCAUGAUUCACCUGGGUGUUGACCUCUCUCGGUGCCUCAACAUAGAAAAAGCUUCCAAUCACAAGCGACGGGGAUAAGCCGAUGGUCACAGGGUUGUCCCGGAAUUACAAUAAACAUGAUUCUUUUUUUGGUCUCUUCCUCUUGCCUAGUGAGAUUUUAAGAAACAGCAAGAUUUAUUUGCAUAGGAGAAAAACAAAGCUUUUCUUUGAGUGAAUGAGUGUGUGUGUGUGUAUAUGUGUGUGAGUGAAACUACGUUUAUAUGAAGUCAGUUAGUGCUCCAGUGGGUCGGAUCCACUGGCUUUGCGCAGGGAGCCUUUUAGAAGAACAUAUCACUAUUUCUACAUGGUCAGAUGGAGAGCGGAGCGGUGUGUUGUUAAACGCGUCUGAAGAACUUACUGCUCCCCCUAGAGUUUAUACAUUGACAAAUUCAUGAUUAUUUUAAGUACAGUAGGGUGUUUGAAGGAAUAGUUCUCCAAAAGAUGAAACCUGACAUCAUUUGCUCAGCCUCAUGACACUGAAAAGCUGCAUGAUUUUCUUAGGUGGAAAAACGUCCAAAUGCCUCUAAUCAUGCAGGUUUGAAGUGACAUGAGUGAGUAUUUUCAUUUUCUUCGUGGAACGCAGCAUCCCUGCACUCUCUGACCGUAUGUAGGGAGAAACCUCUGAUGUCGGUCAGUCCCUCCGAGCCAGCUCAGCUACAUUAAGCUCUACUCUUUUCUAAAUCUGUCCUCCAGUCAAGGUUUGAAACACUAGAAAUGGCCCCGGCUAUAGGCCUGUCCUGAAACGAUCAGGCUUCCAUGUUGUCAUGUUUAUGGGGAUCAUCCAUUUAUUAGAUUCAGAUGUUUGAGGUAUGGUUUGUGCUUUAAUAAUAAAUCAGAGAAAGUGCUGUGAGGAUCCUCACCCAGAGCAGCUUGGGUUGUUUUCGUCCGCUCAAAUCAUUUCAUCUUUGCUUACUACUGUUUGUUAUUGGUAGUAUGCUUGGCCUUGUCAGCUCAUCUGCGCAGAAUAUAGUACUGUUGUAUUUUUGUUUUUAUCUGAAUUGCAUAUUCAUGAUCCACAUAUGUUGCUCUUAUGCAGUAUCUUUAUGAAAUGACAAUGUUAUCUAUGGAAUCUGUGCAAUAGAGACCCAACACAGUUAAUGUGAUUAUGUGCUGAUUUCUUCAUCAUAUCUUAUCAAAAUAAACUGGAGGGCACUAUCAGCCUUUCAGAACCAUAGUUUCUUACGACUGCACCAAGCAAAGACAAGGACACAAUGUAGGCCGGUUCACAAAGUACAUGCACCAUCUUCAGCCUUGCCCUAGUUUAGUUUAAACACUCUUUUAUACAAUUAAGGCUCGUUUCUCUCUCUCUUUUUUUUUUUUUUUUUUUUAUAUAUAAGUGUGUACUGUUCAUCUACACAAUCCCUAGACUAACAGAACAUCUUCAUUUAUGACACCCUACAGUUUCACAGCAGUUAAAUAUCUUGAGACUUUAUGCUAAUGUUUGUUUGUUGAUCUGGUACUUCCCUGUUCUUAAAACAAGUUUCAAAUUUGAACUUUUCAUCCCUCCAUUUAUUAAUUGUAUAGAGUUCAACUUGAAGCUGCAAUUUACUAUUUAGCUAAACAACUGUAUAGGUGGUCUGUGUUUUACAAUUAAUAUUUAGGUUGUCUGUUUUUUUUUUUUUGUUUUUUUUUUUUAUCAAGAAUGCAUUUGGGUAAAUUGGGCCACUUUUUAAAAUUAAUUUAGUGCUCACACACAGAGCGAGAGUUGAAUCUUCUUUCUAUUUUUAAUACAUUCAACUUAAAUGUUUAAUAAUUUCUCUACACUUUUGUUUAGUUAAACUGUAAAAUAGCUGUUCUGCCCCCUGCAGUAAUGAUUUAGUGUUACAGGUGUUUUGGAAAGCCUCAAAGUCAUUGAAGGCAUGACCAAAGAGCACAGAUGAAAAUCUGCUUGCCUUAGAACGAUUACAUGAAUU